UUUGUCAUGUCCAUUCCCCACUGAUCCAUGCAGGCUUCACCCUCUCCUCCAGGCCUCUGACUGAGCAUUUGUGCCCCCUCCCUCCUCCCCAGCUGGCCUGCGGUCAGUUGCUGUACACCUGCACCACAGCAGACAUUAUGGGAGCUCAGCAGCGUAACAUCUGAUUCAGGCUCUGCAGGGGCGGCGUGUGUCGUGUGUUCAGGCAGGUUUUCACCCUCAGAGCUCGGCAGACAGAGCAAAGCAGGCCCGCCAUUUCGCCUCCUCCUCGGUAGUCUUUUUUAUUUCUCAGCGCUUUACGGCGGAGCAGCGGCAGGAGGAGGAGAAGCGGCGGCGACGACUGGCGGAGCGGCGGAGGCAGGCAGGAGGAGAGACGCAGGGAUCCGGCGUGCCACAUCGGGAUGAGAGCGACACAGAGACCCGGGUCGGAUGAGUCAGCGAGUGGACCCUGCAAUCACGGCAUCCCUGAAAUCUGACUGACGGAGCGCCAGAAAGAAGAAACAAUUUAACAAUUUCUGAUUGUUGUUGUUGUCGGAUUCCGCUUCUCUUUAUUCCGCCCUCCCCUGGUCCGCGUCUGCCAUAGCCUAGUUUUGAUUUUUUUUAUUCCACCUAGGUGGGAAAGGGGGUCCGGCAAGGUUGCGGAGGAGGUGGAGGUUUUAUUUUAUUUUUUUCCCCUUAAAAGCUCACACCCGAAGAUAAAAAUUCAAACAACAAUUCUAAAGUCUUUUGUUGCAUUGAGUGAGUGAAGAUGUCGGGGCAGAGCAUUACGGACAGGAUAACUGCAGCCCAGCACAGUGUAACGGGAUCCGCCGUGUCAAAAACAGUAUGCAAGGCAACCACUCACGAAGUAAUGGGCCCGAAAAAGAAACAUUUGGAUUAUUUGAUCCACUGCACCAAUGAGAUGAAUGUGAACAUCCCCCAGCUGGCGGACUCUCUGUUUGAGCGGACCACCAACACCAGCUGGGUGGUGGUGUUUAAGUCUCUCAUCACCACACAGCACCUCAUGGUCUAUGGCAACGAGCGGUUUGUCCAGUACUUGGCCUCAAGGAAUACAUUAUUCAACCUCAGUAACUUUCUGGACAAAAGUGGGCUACAAGGUUAUGACAUGUCCACAUUUAUCAGGAGGUAUAGUCGAUAUCUGAACGAGAAAGCUGUUUCAUACAGACAGGUCGCCUUUGACUUCACAAAAGUUAAACGCGGAGUGGACGGCGUAAUGAGGACCAUGAACACAGAGAAGCUGCUGAAGACCAUCCCAAUUAUUCAGAACCAGAUGGAUGCCCUCCUCGAUUUCAAUGUCAAUGCCAACGAGCUGACUAAUGGAGUCAUCAAUGCAGCCUUCAUGCUGCUCUUCAAAGACUCCAUCAGGCUCUUCGCUGCUUACAAUGAAGGCAUCAUCAACCUGCUCGAGAAAUACUUUGACAUGAAGAAGACUCAAUGUAAAGAAGGUUUGGACAUUUACAAGAAGUUUCUCACCCGAAUGACCCGGAUAUCAGAGUUCCUCAAAGUAGCAGAGCAGGUGGGCAUUGAUCGAGGAGAUAUCCCAGACCUUUCACAGGCUCCCAGUAGCCUUCUGGAAGCUCUGGAGCAGCAUUUGGCCUCUUUAGAGGGCAAGAAGGUCAAAGACUCCACGGCUGCCAGCAGGGCCAGCACUCUGUCAAACGCAGUGUCAUCGCUGGCCAGCACAGGCAUGUCUUUCACUAAAGUGGACGAGCGGGAGAAGCAGGCGGCUCUGGAAGAGGAACAGGCUCGACUCAAAGCUCUGAAGGAACAGAGGCUCAAAGAGCUCUCCAAGAGGCCCUCCUUCGCCACCACCGACACAUCGCCCGUCUCCACCACCGGGGGCACCAUCAGCACAGCACCAGCCAUCGACCUCUUCUCCACGCCCAGCUGCUCCAACGGUGCAGUGAAGAUGGAGAGCGACCUCUUUGACCUGCAGGCCUUCCAGGCCUCCAUGCAGUCGGGCUCCUCAGGGCUUCCAGUGGCUACAGCGUGGGCAGAUCCUUUCACCUCUGCAGAAGCUGGAGAUGAAUCAAUGCCAAACCUUAACCCUUUCCUCUCAAAAAUCGUUGUCGAAGCCACUCACUUGCCUGUCGUGUCUUCAGACGGUGUUAGCUUUCCCUCUAGGACAUCUGGUCAUGAAAUGUUUGGUGAUCGUUACAAUCCCUUUAUUGACACAAACUCAUCCGUUUCAACCAAUUACAAACGCACAGUUCGGAUAGAACACUCAAUCUCAGACUCCUUCUGUGGUCCAGUGUCCAUUGCUCAGCACCUCCCACACCAGGCUCCCUUCCCCACUGAGCCCUCUGUAGCAGGUCUAUUCAGAGGAUACUCGACGCCGCAGGCCGCUGCUCAGCAGUCGGCUGGAGGACUCCAAGUGGACUUUGAGUCCGUUUUUGGAGCCAAAGCCGCAGGCAACAACAGCCUUGAUUGUGAUGAUAUUUCUGGCGGCAUCCUGAAACCGACCCAUGCCGGCUCCGGCCAGGCGUGCGGUCUGCUGCCGGACAAGCUGGUGUCAGAUGACCUUGACUCCUCCCUGGCUAACCUUGUGGGCAACCUCGGGAUUGGAAACGGCACGAUGAAAAACGACAUGCACUGGGUUCAGCCGGGGGAGAAGAGGAUGACCGGCGGCACCGGCUGGCAGCCCAAAGCGGCGCCGUCCACGACCUGGAACCCCGUUUCCAUGCCAUCGUCAGUCAUGGCCUUCCCUGCCACCACACCCACAGGCAUGAUGGGAUACGGCAUGCCUCAACAGAUGGGCUCUAUGGGGAUGAUGAACCCCCCCACCAUGAUGUACUCCCAGCCGGUGAUGAGGCCUCCCAACCCCUUCGGCUCUGUGUCCAGCGCUCAGGUGGGUGAUCAGCAGUCUGACCACGCCCCCGAGCUGAUGCACAAUGAACCCUCCGCUGCCUCUAGUCCUUCCAGCCAGAGCCCCCUCCGAGCCCCUGGACAGGACCCGUUUGCACACCUCUCUCUCAAGGAUUUCUUGUAGAGCGUCUCUUUAGAUGCAGUUCAUGUAAUGAAGAAAAAGUGUCUCUCGGAAGAUGAAGCACUUAGCAGCAAAGCUUUGUCCUCGUUGCAGUCUAACUCUACAGCGAAACAUUCACACACUCCCCAAAUACAGACAUGUCAAGAACACAAUGGUGCAACGACUGUCAGAAACCAUGGUAACCAUGUCCCAGUGACGUUUGGCGGUAGCUCACACCCAUUAUUCUGUAACUUGUCCGAGACGUGGAGUGAUGCUGCUGUCUAAACCCCCUUAAAGAGGAUUCCUUAUCCAUUUUACAGUGUAUUCUGUAAAGAUAGAUAUGGGUGCUGAGAAACUUUGAUGUUAUGUAUUUGGAAAUACUGUGGUUGGAUGUAAAGGCUUGAUGUUCAGCGCGGAGGGGGUCCGAUCAUCAGUCAUCCACUCCCUACAGUUAUUUAACUGUCACUAAGUAGUGAUGCUAAUGGCGUUUACACCUGUUUAGUUUUUGUCUUUUUUACCGUGUUUACAGUAGACAUUCCUCGUGUGUUGUUUGUAUUUAUUUAUGAUUAUUGGUUUAAGAAUGGGGUGAAAAAAUAAUGUAAAAUCUAUCAUUGAACAGCUGUGGGAGUGCUUCAGCAUUAAACAAGGAUCUCAGACUAUCAUUGAGAGGUAGAGUUAAAAAAAAAAAAAACUAUUAUAUAAAUUACACCUAUUAAGCGGAAUGAUAGAGCACUAAAUAUUCUAUGAGUUUUGUGUUAAGAAACCUUUUUACUAGAUGAAAGAUUUCACAAUCUCCAUUGUACUCAAAGUGCAGGGGUUAGAGUAUGAGUCAGUCAGCAGUAUAUAUUCGAUUCUGUGCCUAGGGUUUUUUGCAAUGGAUCGUUUCCUGUCUAGUUGAAAAACACGUAAUCCACGAAUCUGAACGUCACACUGGGCUCCAUUUGCUUUAAGCUUGGCAUGCCAUUGACUCACUGACCGUAUUCAAGGCUGCCUUUACUCUGAAUGUGAACGAGUUGUCUUCAUGUUGCACACAUCUUUCCACAUUAUCGUUCCUCAGUGGAAGUGGGUGGGGGCGGGGUGACAGGAUGGAGUGUGUCUGCUUGUUGGUUAGCCAUCGCUACGCUAACGGGGAAAAAGGGUCACAGAUUUGAUGUAAAUUAAUUGUAUAAAAGAUCCAGAGGACCAGGGUGGAGCGGAGGAGCACUGUUGAUCGGCGCUCUGUGUGUAUAUAAAAACUGACUGUUCUUUGAGUUCAAAAGUGAAAGAUGUAUGAAAUAUGAAAGCAAUUCAAUCAAAUUUGACUCUACCUAAGUUUGAUUCAGGAUAUUCUCUGCGUUUGUCUCCGCAGAUAUUUUCUUUAUGUAAUUAGAACGUGUAGCAGACAAUGACUGAAGUCUUUUCUUUCUUUUACAAAUAAAGAGCAGCUUCCACAAA